AUGCAGUUUUGCAUUUUGGGCGCGGUGAGCUUGAGGGAGCUGGAUAUCGACAUCCUUAUCAUCAAGGCCAUGGACUUCGUGGCCUUCAAGUCGGGGGUUUUGGUUGUCUACGGUUUGGUCUGUCGUGUCAAGUCGAUUGGCGGCGCGGAGUGGGGCUUUUGCUUCCAGAUUUCGGGACAGACAUGCUGGUCGUUUGCACGCCUUGCUACGAAAUCUCGUUGUCCCUAG